UUCAGGAACUGAAGCGUCUCUGGCUCGCUCCGACAUUAGGGUUUAAGUAAGGCGAGGGUCAAGAGAGAUCGGCUAUCAUUUUGUUCCUGAUCGUCGAUUUUGCGACGAUCGGAAGUGUGGAAUUCCGACUAGAAUGGCUUUCUGGGGCAUUUUGGUUAAACCCGGGAAGCCGAUUACUCAUUCCUGUGAGAAGGCUAGAGGAAGGCUUAGAAUUUCCCAGGCGACUUUGGGAAAUGGAAUUGGUGAUGCUAUGAAGAAAACUGUAGUACAAUGUAAUGUGGGUAAAAGAGCUCCCGUCUUGCUCUGUGCAUUGUUGCCCGACAAGACGGAGUCGUGUCAUUUAGAUUUGGAAUUUGAAGAGGCUGAUGAUGUUAUUUUCUCUGUUAUUGGUCCUCGGAGUGUCUACCUCACUGGGUAUUAUGUCCGUCAGAUUCCACAUUUGAAUGCCCAUAGCGAUACAGAAUCAUAUGGUGUAGAUAUUGAGAACACCCAGACAGAGGGAUCCAGUUAUGGAAGCGACGAAGACAAAUACGAGGACAGUUUUAUCAAUGAUGACGAACAACAAGCUUCUCCACAAUCACCUGUCUUAAACAGCAAAGAUGAUAUUGAGCCAAAACACAGAAAGGGUCCUGGCAAACAACAAAAGAAGAAUCCCCAAUUGGUGUCAGAUAAUGAGGAUGACUGUUUGCCUGAAAGCGAAGAUGAAGACAGCUACACGUUAUCUGCAUUUAAGGCCAGGAGAACUCUGAAUAUAGUUAUGUCUGAUGAGGAAGAUGCUGCUGAUGUAGUAGAAGUUGGUAAUAAGGAAAAUGAUAAAGGUGUCUAUGAUGGUUUAAAGAAAAAGCACCAUCCAUCUGUGUUUAAGGCUGAAGAAGAUGUUGCUGAGCUUGAGCCAAUAUCAGAAGUUGGACGUGAGGCACCUGGUAAAAAUCGUUCAGAUGUGGUACUGUCGGGUUUUGAGCCUGGGAUGAUGCAUCUAGCAAAAGAUAAUGCAAUUUGCCUUGAAUCAAAGCAAGAGGGUGACCCUCUAGAUAUAAAUGAACCGGGAAGGGUGGUAAGUCUUCCUUUUGAUGAAGUUACUAACAAUGGAAAGAAAAUGGAUGAUCUUUCCACUCCCAAAGAAGCUGAGACUUUCAAGGGAUUUAUUUCUUCCAAUGAGGAUGCCGUGGCUGAUGAUAGGGUUAAGAACGAUGCCAAAGACAGCGUAUUGGACCAAAACUUGGCUAAGGAAAAAGAUAAGAUGGAAUUCCGAGAUUCUACAAAACCAAAAAAGAAAAGAAGAAAACUUUCUGCAAGGAAGGAGAAACCCAACGAAAUUCAGGUCAAUAACACGGAUAAUAAUGUUCUCCUUGGGGAUAAGGAGGAAGACAAUGAGGCCCCCAUGAAUUUGGACAGUGAUGCAAAUUGUGCUGAGAUGCUAUUAGAAUUAGGCUCUCCAAGUGGUCACAGGGUAAAGAAGAAAUUUUCUGAAUUGCAGCCAGAAGGACAACAAACUGAACACAAUGACAGAAGGCUUCACGAUAUUCCAAAGGAGGAUACUGUUGGUCCCUUGCUACAAAACUCCAACAGUAACACAGAGAAUCUGCCAGCUACAAGUGGCGAACAUCUGCGUGUGAAGAAAAACUCUACAAAAGGAAUUGACUCAAUUAAUGACAGUAUCCUUGAAAAGGAAGAGGCUGAUCCAGGUUUACAGCAGGACAACAUGGAGAUGGAUCCUCCAGCAUCAAACAACCAAUAUCAAGAACAAAAGAUUGAUAAUGAUGCAGGCGUAUGUCCUGAGGCUAAGGAUAGACGGUCUGAGAAGAAGAAGAAUAAGAAACAGAAGAAGAAAGCUGAAGGCAAGGGGAACCUGGGCACAGAUAUGCUAGUCACAACAGAUGGUGAAGAGACCAUGGUCACGAAAUUUGGUAAUGAAAAUACAGAUGCAGUGCCUAUUAAAAAGAGAACCUUGUCAGAUGGGUUGAUUGUCGAAGAGUUGGCUAAUGGUCCGCCAGAUUUAAAAGUUGCUGCAACUGGUAAAAAGAUCAAAAUCUAUUACACUGGCAUGUUGAAGGAGAAUGCGUUUGUUUUUGAGUCAAAUGUGGGUAAAAGCCCAUUCAAGUUUCGGUUAGGUGAUAAGGAAUAUAUUGAUGGAUGGAAUGUAGGCAUCGAUGGUAUGCAUGUUGGCGAUAAGAGAAGGCUGAUCAUCCCACCGUCUUUGGGGUUUGGAAAUUCUAGAGUGGGAGACAUUCCACCCAGCUCCUGGCUCGUGUACGAUGUUGAACUGGUAAGUGUUCACAAAUAGCCUCUUAGUGUAUGUCUGGGUAUAUUACCGUACUUUUCCAUCCGUCGUCGACUCUUGCAAUUGUUAAGAACUGAAUCAAAAUUUUGUGAAAUGGGGUAUGAAGCUAAAGGUCCAGCUCUCUCUCUCUCUCUCUCUCUCUCUCUCUCUCUCAUAUAUUUUUUAUACGGCUGAAAAUGAUUUCAAACUAGCAUUGUCAACAUAUUUGCUUGUCUUCUCCAUAUUUUGAGAUGAAGUGAUUGUGAGUUGGAUAGAUGAUUAACAGUUUGUUGGGGUGUCAAGGGUGGUGGUAUUAUUUGCAUUUUUGAGUACGUGAAAAUGGGUUUUAAGAUAUGGAAUGUUUGGUUCAACUUAGGUGUGUGAAUUGGUGGUAUUGGUAUUGAAACUGAUUGAUUGAUGAUGGUUCAA